CACUUCCUGUUGGGACAUAGAAGUUUUGCUCCUCGUCAAACUGGUGGGGGCUCUGAUAUGGAUCAGUUUGAGGACAGAGAGGAGCGAGCCACCCCCCCUAAAAGCUCUCUGUGUGGGGAGCAUGACAGUCAGACCAUAGCUCAGAGCCUAGAGCACACAGCACACUCUGCUAGACCUGGACCUGGACCUGGACCUAAACCUGGACCUGGACCUGGUGAUGGAGAUGGAGAUGGACCUGGAUCCAGCGGUGUGUCCAUGAAGAGUGACCGGUCUAUGGAUCAUCCUGUUACCGUUCAGUCUGGAUUUUCUACAAUUAGAAGGAUCCAACAGCAGAGACCUGAACCCAGCUGUGUUUCCAUGAAGAGUGAGGGGUCUAUGGAGCUUCCUAUUACCUUUCAAGCUAAACAAAGUGCUGAAAAAAGGAUCCCGCAGCAGAGACCCGAACCCAGAUGUGUUUCCAUGAAGAGUGACUGGUCUAUGGAGCUUCCAGUUACCUUCAAAGCUAAACAAAGGAAGCAGCAGAAGAGACCUGGACCUGCAUCUAGACCUAGAUCUGGACCCAGCUCUAAAAGGCAAAGGAUCCAGCAGCAGAGACCUGAACCCAGCUGUGUUUCCAUGAAGAGUGACGGUUCUAUGGAGCUUCCAAUUACUUUCAAAGCUAAACAAAGUUCUGAUGAAAGAGUUCUUCAGGAGAUCUCAGAGGUUCCCAGUGCCCCACAGCAUCAGACAGAGCUGGACUCAAUAUUUCUGCUGCUGGAGAAGAACAUCUUCACUUUUCUGAAGAAUGAGCUGAAGAAGAUCCAGAAGUUUCUGAGUUCUGAUUACCCCAAAUGCUUUGAGAGUCAGGGGGACGAUGAGGGGGUCGUGGAUGGAGAGGAUGAACAGCAGAGCAGGAGAAGCAGAGAGGCAUUUCUGAGGAUCACACUGCAAUUCCUAAGGAGCAUGAAGCAGGAGGAGAUGGCUGACCGUCUUCAGAGCAGAACUAAUGCUGCAGAGUGCCAGCGUGAACUUAAAUCCACCUUGAAGAAGAAGUUCCAGUGUGUGUUUGAGGGUAUUGCUAAAGCAGGAAACCCAACCCUUCUGAACCAGAUCUACACAGAGCUCUACAUCACAGAGGGGGGAGCUGCAGAGGUCAAUGAUGAACAUGAGGUCAGACAGAUUGAAACAUCAUCCAGGAAACCACACAGACCAGAAACCACCAUCAGACAAGAAAACCUCUUUAAAGCCUCACCUGGAAGAGAUGCACCAAUCAGAACAGUGCUGACAAAGGGAGUGGCUGGCAUUGGGAAAACAGUCUUAACUCAGAAGUUCACUCUGGACUGGGCUGAAGGCCAAGCCAACCAGGACAUACUGUUCAUAUUUCCAUUCACCUUCAGAGAGUUGAAUGUUGUGAGAGAGAAAAAGUACAGCUUGGUGGAACUCGUUCAUCACUUCUUCCCUGAAACCAGAGACGCAGGAAUCUGCAGCUUUGAUCAGUUCCCGGUUGUGUUCAUCUUUGACGGUCUGGAUGAGUGUCGACUUCCUCUGGACUUCCACAAAAAUGUGAUCCUGACCGAUGUCACUGAGUCCACCUCAGUGGAUGUGCUGCUGACAAACCUCAUCAGGGGGAAGCUGCUUCCCUCUGCUAGCCUCUGGAUAACCACACGACCUGCAGCAGCCAAUCAGAUCCCUCCUGAGUGUGUGGACAUGGUGACAGAGGUCCGAGGGUUUACUGACCCACAGAAGGAGGAGUACUUCAGGAAAAGAUUCAGAGAUCAGGAGCAAGCCGACACCAUCAUCUCCCACAUCAAGACCUCACGAAGCCUCCACAUCAUGUGCCACAUCCCAGUCUUCUGCUGGAUCUCUGCUACAGUCCUGGAGGAGGUGCUGAAAACCAUAGAGGAAGGAGAGCUGCCCAAGACCCUGACUGAGAUGUACAUCCACUUCCUGGUGGUUCAGUCCAAAGUGAAGAACAUCAAGUAUGAUGGAGGAGCUGAGACAGAUCAACACUGGAGUCCAGAUAGCAGGGAGAUGAUGGAGUCUCUGGGAAAACUGGCUUUUGAGCAGCUGCAGAAAGGCCACCUGAUCUUCUAUGAGUCUGACCUGACAGAGUGUGGCAUUGAUAUCAGAGCAGCUUCAGUGUACUCAGGAGUGUUCACACAGGUCUUUAGAGAGGAGAGAGGACUGUACCAGGACCAGGUGUUCUGCUUCGUCCAUCUGAGCGUUCAGGAGUUUCUGGCUGCGCUCCAUGUCCAUCUGACCUUCAUCAACUCUGGAGUCAACCUGCUGUCAGAAGAACCCACAACUUCCCAGAAGUCUGUAGUCCAACCUAAACUAACUCUUCUCUACCAGAGUGCUGUGGACAAGGCCUUAGAGAGUCCAAACGGACACCUGGACUUGUUCCUCCGCUUCCUCCUGGGUCUUUCUCUGCACACCAAUCAGACUAUCCUGCGUGGUCUGCUGAGACAAACAGGAAGUGACUCAAAGUUCAAACAGAAAACAAUUGAGUUUAUCAAAAAAAAGAUUGAAGAGACUUUAACUGCAGAGAGAAGCAUCAACCUGUUCCACUGUCUGAACGAACUGAAUGAUCGUUCUCUAGUGGAGCAGAUACAACAGUAUCUGAGGUCAGGAAGCCUCUCCACAGAUAAUCUGUCUCCUGCUCAGUGGUCAGCUCUGGUCUUCAUCUUACUCUCAUCAGGAGAAGAUCUGGACGUGUUUGACCUGAAGAAAUACUCUGUUCUGGAGGAGGCUCUUCUGAAACUGCUGCCAGUGGUCAAAGCCUCAAAUAAAGCUCUACUGAGUGGCUGUAACCUCUCAAAGAGAAGCUGUGAAGCUCUGUCCUCAGUUCUCAGCUCCCAGUCCUCUAGUCUGAGAGAGCUGGACCUGAGUAACAACAACCUGCAGGAUUCAGGAGUGAAGCUGCUGUCUGCUGGACUGGAGAGUCCACACUGUGCACUGGAAACUCUCAGGUUGACUGUCUGUAACCUCUCAGAGAGAAGCUGUGAAGCUCUGUCCUCAGUCCUCAGCUCCGAGUCCUCUAGUCUGAGAGAGCUGGACCUGAGUAACAAUGACCUGCAGGAUCCAGGAGUGAAGCUGCUGUCUGCUGGACUGGAGAGUCCACACUGUGCACUGGAAACUCUCAGUAUGUCAGGUUGUAUGGUCACAGAGCAAGGCUGUGUUUCUCUGGCCUCAGCUCUGUGCUCCAACCCCUCCAAUCUGAGAAAGCUGGACCUGAGCUACAAUCAUCUAGGAGACUCAGGAGAGAAGCUGCUGUCUGCUGGACUGGAGGAUCCACUUUGGAGACUGGAUACACUCGGGAUGGAACAUGGUGGACCACAGUGGUUGAAACCUGGUCUGAGGAAGUAUGCCUGUGAACUGGAGCUGGACACAAACACAGCACACAGGAGACUCAAACUGUGUGACAACAACAGGAAGGUGACAUAUGUGAAGGAGGAGCAGCCAUAUCCUGAUCAUCCAGAGAGAUUUUUCUCCCACCCUCAGCUGAUGUGUAGAGAUGCUCUGACUGGUCGCUGUUACUGGGAGGUUGAGUGGAGAGGAAGGUUUCAUAUAUCAGUGACUUACAGAGGAAUCGGCAGGAGAGGAGACAGAGAGGACUGUGUGUUUGGAGGGAAUUAUCAGUCCUGGAGUCUGAGCUGCUCUGAUUAUGGUUACUAUGUCUCUCACAAUAAGAGAGAAACUUGCAUCUCCUCCUCCUCCUCCUCCUACUCCUCCUCCUCCUACUCCUUUGGUAAAGUGGCAGUGUAUGUCGAUUGUGCUGCUGGCUGUCUGUCCUUCUACAGAGUCUCUUCUGACAAACCGAUCCACCUCCACACCUUCAGAACCACAUUCACUGAACCUAUUUAUGCUGGGUUUGGGUUUGGGAUCUGGUCUGGUUCCUCAAUGUCUUUGUGUCCUCUGCAGGUCUGAGAGUCUCUGAUGUGGACAGAAACAUGCUGACAGCCGAUCAGCUGCUGAAAUCAAAGUAAUAGGGAAACAUUGUCACCAUUCAGCUGUUAAUUUACUGAAAUUCAAAGGGGUCCAUGUGUAUCUUUGUAUGAUAGUUUCCAUCUUAAACGUGAUCAAUGACAAGAUUCUUAUUUUUACAGUGACGUUACCGGCUGUAGGAGCCAACACAAAGUUAGUCUGUGUUUAUUGAUUUAUUAUUCUCUUUAUUUGUUAAAACCAUUCAUACUUGUUUCUGGCAACUGUCACAUGGGGUUGGUUAAUGGUAUUUGUAUUGAGUUGAUCACUGCAUCAGGUUACGUCUCGAUUUAAGCCGUGACCUUUUUUAUGCAUAAUGUUUCAAAGACGGGGCGAGCUAUCUUUCCUCUGCAAACACAGAGACCCCUAGUGGAGUGGAGGGGGCCAUAACAAUAUCUUAAAAACUAUUGGAUGCAUUGUUGUAAGGUAUACAUCAGUUGCCAUGUGGGUCGUUCCGGCUAGAGUGAGACCUGGCACAUUUAGCUGCCGCUGCUCUCCGGCUUCUUUUACUUUUUAUUACUGCAAAUAUAAUCUCUCUCUCUGUUGACCUGGCUGUUCAAUAUCUGAUCAGGAUUCUUUGUGCAACGAUCGGAUUACCCGGUGUAUGUACGUUGUGUGUGUAUUUGGUCUAACAUCAACCCUCCCUGCUGUGGGCACUCCUCACCUGGCUGCAGAGCGGCCAAUCCAAAAAGAGAAGCGCUCAGAAAAAAAGAAGCUGGGCGCUGUGCUGUCCGAGACGCGGCCGCUAGAGGCUGCUUGUGAUCGGUAAAUAAAUACAUAAAAAAGGCUCCUUGUUGACAUGGUUAAACUACUUUCAUUCUUCUUAUGUUUUAAAAUAUAUUCUUCUUUUUAUAAAUGCAGUUGUAUGAUGUGUGCUAAUAUGUUUUAAUCUCUGACUUUGUCAUGUCUUGUGUUUUGCCUCAAACUGUCAAAUCGCAUUCAGCUGCAUCCAGUGUGUGAAAUAUACCAAUAAAAGUUUUGUUUUGAUUACCA